ACCCGACCGCGCUGCGGGCGAUCCGACCCACCGCAGACGGCCAUGACGGGCCUGGAGCGACCCCCACCCGACGUGCUGCUUGCUCUGCUCUCCAGCAACAAGGCGCUCGAAGCGACGAUCCCCAAGUGCGGCGGCUGCGAGAAACCGAUCGUGGACCGGUACAUCCUGAAAGUGCUGGACCGCUGCUGGCACAGCGCCUGCCUCGUGUGUGCCGACUGCGGCGCAAAGCUGGCCGACAAGUGCUUCGUCCGCUCCGGCCAGGUCUUCUGCAAGGAGGACUUCUUCAGGCGGUACGGGGCUAAGUGCUCGGGCUGCGACGCCGGCAUCCCACCCGACCAGGUGGUUCGUCGGGCCCAGGACAACGUGUACCACCUGAGCUGCUUCGUGUGCGUCCUGUGCAGCGGCCAGCUGAACACCGGCGAUGAGUUCUACCUCACCGAGGACGGCAAGCUCGUCUGCAAGGACGACUACCAGCAGGCCAAGCAGCGCGGCGACACAGAGACCGACUCGACCAACAAACGGCCGCGCACCACCAUCACGGCCAAGCAGCUGGAGACGCUGAAGGUGGCCUACAACAACAGCAGCAAGCCGGCCCGGCACGUUCGCGAACAACUCAGCCAGGAAACGGGCCUGGACAUGCGGGUCGUCCAGGUCUGGUUCCAGAACAGGCGAGCCAAGGAGAAGCGGCUGAAGAAGGAUGCCGGCCGGUCACGCUGGGGCCAGUACUUCCGAAACAUGAAGCCGGGCGACAAACGACGCGCGGGCGAGAAGACGUCCGAGUCGGACGACGACACCGUCUACAACAACAACGACGACGAGCUGACGAUCGACUACCCGCACACGCCCAGCUCGUGCGACAUGGAGCCGGGCCAGGUGGUCAGUCCGCACGUGCCACACCCGCACCAUUUCCUGCACGGUCCCAGCACGCCGCCGUACAACCUGCCCGGGAACGGCUCUCCGGGCCCCGGUCACCGGCUGCCCAUGCCGGCCGCCGUCUUCCCGUCGUACGGCGACGGCGGCGUCCAGUUCCCGCCGCACCUCGGUCGGCCGGGCCCUCUGCCGCCGCCACACAUGGCCGGCGAGCUUAGCAGCGCCUCCAGCACUGCCGGCUAUCCCGAGUUCCCGCCCAGCCCCGAGUCCUGGCUGGGCGAGGUGGAGGCGGCGCCACCGGCGCACCCCUACUGACGCCAGCUGGCCAGACCUCGCUGAGAGCUGGCCUGCAACUGGUGACCGGAGUCGGGUCAGCCCAGCUCCUGGUGACCAGUGUCAGGUCAGCCGUGCCCCUGGUGACCGGGGUCAAGUCAGCCGGGCCCCGGCCGCCUCUGGUGACUGAGGUCAGGUCAGCCGGACUCCGCCGCCGCUCCAGAGAGCGACAGCGGCACCGAGGAGACAGGUGGGAGGUGGAGACGCCGCCACACGCGGCACUCAGCACCCGAACAGACCCUGACGCGCGGACGGUGGCGCUCCACGGUCCGGCACGCCGCAAAAAGUCGGAGACAUUGGCAGUGACGCCCGACGUCAGCCUGCGGCAAACGGUGCCGCAGGCGCGCUGCCACGGCGACGGCAGCGGCGGCGCGAAACGGCACAGGGGACGCUUGAAGUGCGCGGCGCCGUGGCGGGAGUAGCCCGCUGAGGCCGGGGCCUGCCAGCUCCGUCCCCGGUCAGCAGCAGCCGGUGCAUGUCCUGUCGCCUGUUUGUGAUGUGUGUCGUGUGUUAGACCUGCUCAGGCAGCUGCGCCGGGUACGGGCGCGGAGUCAUGGCCUUAGGAUUCAUGCGGCACUGGUGGGGCGCUCCAGCCGUCGGCAGGGACGCAGAGAUGCGGCACGGUGGCCGAGUUUCGUUUUGAUACCGUGUGACCCUACGCACAUAUAAGUUAACUGCGGCUGCUGCCCACUGCAUCUUUUCCUGUUUUAGCCGGCUCUUCAUUACACUGCGAUCGUUUGUGUGCACAGACACUGAGAUGUGCUUGCAACGUGCUGCAUACACAAUGCCCAUUUGGCACUAUACGGGAUGGAGCACUAGUCACGAGUGCCACAGUAUUACGCAAGAAUUUGCACAACCACAUAAUGUUUGUUGUCAAUUAAUCUAUCAUUAGCAGAUUUGUCUAUGAGAGAACGUUGGUUUGACAUUUGCAGUCGGUUGCAAAGUCCAGAAAUGCAACGGAUUGCCACAAAGUGGUGUCAUCGAAAGCGUGUUACAUUAAAUGCCUUAUUUAUUUCAUUCAUGAAACCAUUUCAUCUAUAGGUUGUAUUUGAUGAUAAGGGCGUGUGACUUAUUCGGCACGUCGUAUUACGCCACCCAAUUUGCGUCAUCACAAAGGCAAUCACGACAUCCAUACGACCUGUACAGUCUAGUCAGAUAUAGUUAAUAUUAAAGAUGCGCGAGGUGUAUUUUUCUCCCUCUUUUCAUAGAAUUUAAGAGCCACAUACAAAUAACAAGUUCUUGGUUCGUGACUAAACGCCACAUCCUAUUUUAGCAGCGCUAAAUUGUUUCUGCCGAAAUCGAAUUUUGACAGCCAGCGAUAUGGUAUUUGGCUGGAGCUAAAUCGCCUCUGAGGUCUCAUAGCGGUGUUCACAACGCAAAAUAAUUGAACACUGAACGUAUGCGCGGAGCAUGCGCUCUGACGUGCCCGGAACAAAUAAAUACACGAUCUGUUUAAUGACGUGCGUUCACAAACAUCGUUUGCACACACGGAUGGCAAGAGUCAGAAACGGAAGCCAUAUCUUCCAAGACACAAUGUUUUUGUGGGCGUUGUUUUUUUUAACGUUUCAGACGAGUAUAUAACGUGCUCUAUAUUAUAACAUGAAUGACUUCAUCCAACGACUACACAGCGGUCGGUGCGUCAUGGAAGUAUAGCUUUUUCUACAUACAUCAAACAGACCUCUUCGGACAGUCUGUGAAUUCAUUGAGCACAAACUGGGAAACUUGAUGGAUCUGAAGCAUUCACCCUGAAUUCCGUCAUCGUCUGCAUCAGCAUGUUUCAUUUAUGUUUAUAUCGAUUCACUAUGACAUCGGCCUCCUUGUAGCCAUGAAGCGUCACAGGGCUUUGAAGCUUGCAAACAUUGGGACGUCCCUGUGCGACGGAGACCGCUGUUCAAGCGUCUCCGCCCCGCGUCUCCUAUUGAUUUCUAGCUGUCAUAUCAUGUACCGAUUCCGAGGUACAGGAGUCGACUGUAGCCUAGUGGUCCUCUGUUUUCGCAGCACCAUAAUUCCUGAUGAGUGGGUCGGCAAUACCUGUAGUGGACGUCAAUUGUGCGUUUGUUCCAGCAUAUUCAUGGAGUGUACUGAGGUGUGUGUAAUGUUCAUGCAUGAGCUUGUUGUUGAGCGAGCCACGUCUGUCGCACGAUGCUUGCCAACAAUAAAGCGGGAGGAUGUGUGA